GCGGCAACGCACACGUGUAGUUGUAGAUCUACAUUUUUGUUGCGCGUCGUGGCUUGCUGCUCAGUCACCAGUCCACGUGUAAAUCUACCUUAGUCCACACAUUGUAACAAUAUUGUUCACUACCGGCACGAUCCAGCUAGUCACUUGUGUGCUCUGCGGCGACUGUCCGCAACAUCACGAUGCGAGUAGUACUAUCAGCACUUGCACAGUUGUCGAAAUUACGGACUGGAGAAAACCCCUACUAUUAGACUAUGGUCGUCGAGUUGUGGUACAUGUAUCCCCACAGACUAAGUCAUGGUGAAGAAUCAGCGAUGUGAACAAUGAGCUGCGGAUGCUGCCAAGGCUUGAUGGUGGACGGAGAAGAAGCAUUCCGAUAGCAUUUCUUCUGGGAGGAUUUGGUGACACGUGACUUGGUGGCCACUGCUAGCUUUCUGCAUGUGCCAUUUCCUAUUCAAGUGUUGCGUCCUCACUUGAAUCCCUAUGCACGAUUGACGUUUUAGAGCCAGAGUGCAUCAUUUUACGCGAUCUUGAGCUGAGGUUCCAUCGACCGAUUUGGGUGGCGUCGGUUCAUCGCAAUCUAUGAUAACAACCUAGCAAUGCUCCAGGCAGGACAACAGCAAAUGGUGAACGUAUCUUCGAAUGUCAGUACAGAUGGGCUUGGCGGCAUGGACAAUGAAGAAAGCAAACUGGCAGGAUGGACGGUUGCGGUGAUACUGUUGGUUUCAAUUGCCAACAUUGCCUUGGUGCUCAUCAUUAUUCGUUUGUGUAAAGGAGAAAAGAGGGCACGCACUAAGAGAUCUAAAGAGCAAGAGCAGCAGGAGCAGCAUCAGCUGCAAUACCAGCAGAGAAGAUCAGCAAGCAGGAGCACAGUGACAUCGACUUUGGACUCAAUCCGCACUUCUUCAAACCCAUCAUAUCAGAAAGGCAGCACUAGGAGGAACUCCCUCAAAGCAGAUCAGAGUUCACAAGCACAUUCGUUGAGCGAUGAUGGCGAGUCUAUUGCUGCACUGGUGAAGAACUCAUUCAAGAGAGCAUUCUCUAAGCCCGACGGCAGUAUUAGUAGUGGAUCACCAAACACUGCCGCCGGUGUUAGCCCACACGCUCCUCUCAACCUCAACUCGGCACAGCCAUUCUCUCCACCGGAGAAUAACCGCUGGUCUCUGCUGAUCAAUGGUGCUGAGUCACUGACGGAAGCACCCAGUCAAAACUACCUGGACAUAUCAUGGCAUGGAGAGAUUACCCAACACUCCCUUGAAUACUCGCCUUAUCUCUCAGCAAACAUUGUUUCAAAUCCCUACUGCACUGUACCAAGGGCCUCCUUUGCUUCUGCCCGUGGUAGUGGUCGGUCACGCAGUCAGCUGCCCGAUGCCUGGAUGAACUGUGCAAACAAGUCACUGUCAAGGGUGCACCCUAAAACCAAGCCGCAGACUAUCACAGACUCGCCGCUGCUUGGCAAGAGCACUAUGACUGACUCAAGCACACAGCUCUCAGCCAUAGAUGCUUCACGGGACACAUUGUUGACAGCGGUCGGCUCCAUGGAUGAUGAUAUAGAUGUCCAGGCACCUCUCAGACCCCUGGUUGGUGCCCGAUGCAUACAGUCCAGUGUUGGUACAGAUACGAGCAGCAAUGCACCAAGAGUACGACGUAUGGCACCCCGCUUUCAGGGGAAAAUGCCUCGCUCACUCUCCGUGGGCAACUUUCAACAAUCACAGCCAAACAUGAAAGGCUACUGGACCAAACGUGUGGCCAUACCAGCGACUGAAGAAGCAACGCAAUCACCACCUGCUGUCAUACUGACGAAUCCUCACGAUGAUGUGGUGAUGGCUGGAGUACCGAGCACUCAUGAUGCAGAUAUUCUACAUCCGAUUGAGCAGUUCGAUGCCUUCAGUCAGGCAAGCAGGGCCGAAUCAGUGUGUCAGCAUGCAUUGCACGCUAAUAUUGCUGUGUCAUCCCUGGAGAGUAUCAAUACAGCUCAUGCUCAGUCUGAGAUCAUCUCCAUAAAACCUCUGGCUGAUGUAGCAAAGAAACUCAACUCCGCACCAAACACACCUGCAAGACGGACCACGAAGACCAUGAAGGGGUCAGUGCAGUCAGAGUCCGUUUCAAACCUGAUGCUGUACAACUUGGGCUGUGACAGCGCACUAUCCAAGUCCACGCGCAGCAUCGACGAUUGUAGCUUGACUUUGGAAACGGAUGCGCCCUCUUCGCCUGUGCAAGACGGCAGUGACAAAAAUACUCCCAUGCAGUCGCCACCUCCCUGGACAAUCGCAAACUUCACCUACCAGUCAACAGACACAAGCUUCUAACUUCUUUGCCGGCAUUGCGUAGAGACGAGCAUUUCUUGGAGUAAGGUGAUAAACUCGAUGUCAGUUUCUCUGUGUACUGAAGAGUUCAAGACUAGUGUACUCCACUCUAUGUACCAAAUACAAUAUGGCUGAUAUCGGCUGGCGCAGCAAGUGCUGGUUUAAGUUCUACCGCAGUCGGAAACCAUCAAAUUAACGUGAAAUAUCUAACCUGCUAAUGCUCUUGCCAUCAACUAGAGUCUCUUGCACGUAUGCAGGUCAUGGGUUACUCAGUGGACAAGCCACUGCCGGUGGAGUUGAACUGGUAUCAACGUCUUGUUUAGCCGCCGUCUAAUGGAUCUGGACGUGGCAAUACAUAAUGUCGUAACAUGUAAGGUCGUGCUAUCCGGCAAAUAUCGUGGAGUAACGAGUCGAGAAGUAGGUCACCGACAGGAGUAGAUUACUGGUCAUGGUCUUGGAGAGAGUAUUACAGUAAACACUGAUUUACAGUGUUAAUACUAAGUCUUCAAGAACGCAUGUUGUGUUGUUUCAAUUUAACAGUCAAACCUUACUAGUGUACUAUCAUAAAUUGUUAGUUUCAUUUAAAGAAAAUAGUAUGAUUUGCUAUCACAGUGCAUCGUUUUCACCUGAAUCGUGCCCUUCUUUCUUAAAUGAUAUUUUUUAGGAGCACGUUUAACCAUCCAAGAACAUGGGCUAUAGAAGGAACUGUUCUGCUCGCAUCUCAUGCAAUUCUGCCUUAAUCACUACUCAACUUGUUCUUAGCUGUGUAUUUGGGUUACUGCAUGUCUCAACUGCAUCCCUGAUCACUAAACAGUUUCACCUCACGCUAACAUAGUCAGUGCACAAUGCCUUUCUCAUCUAGGAUAUCCUGUAAUGUAAGCACUGAUUCUGUUGAAUAGGCCUGGUAAAUUCUUUGAAAUUCUAGGUACUGUAAUAACAUUUCCAUUUCUAGC